ACAUCAGGUCGUGACAACGCGGCGACAUCUACACGCUUGGAGCAGGUGUUGGAGCUUCGUAAAGGACCACUUAGAGCUGUCUGCUGUCGGAGCUGUCGGCCUAUCAGUGUGGGGUAAAUUGCUUGGGGAGGACACUCAGGAGGAGACCAUCAAACACAGUCAGACACGUCAAACUGAUAGGACUAUGGCAGAAUUUCAAUUCUUUCACAACUUAAAGUCGUACUUGGAGACGGGGCAAAUGCUGUCCAGUUGGGAGAAAUCAAUGAAAUGGAAGAUCAACCGGUGUGCCUGUACUUACAUCCUAAAGGGCGGUAGGCUGUUUUACACCGGCCCAGCUCGGCGGUACCUUCGCAUGGUGGUGAUGUCCGAGCAGGAGAAGAAAUCCGUGCUCACCGAGUGCCACGGCCAGAGCAUCCAUAAGGGGGUCAGGGGCACCCGGAACCGUGUGAUUGCAGGCUACUAUUGGCAGACUAUAGUACAAGAUGUGGACAACUGGGUCAAGUCCUGCCAGGUCUGUCAGGCCGUCAUCCGCCCAACAAAGAUGCCUUCGUUUGACUUACUGGAUAAGGUGGAGCUAUUCUUGCGGGGAGGAGUGCGUUCUGCAGACGGACCAAAGAACUCGAAGAAAGUAACCAGAGCCAGCAAACACUUCAUCUACAAAGAUGACUGUCUGUGGCGCACGUAUCGAGGACGUCUCCUCCGCGUUGUCAGAAGCAACGAGGAGAUAAAGGAGAUCCUGGUCCGUUACCAUGACCACAACAACCACGCUGGUCGUGUGCGGGCAGUAAAGGAGAUAAUGAUGAUGUAUUACUGGGUGGGAGUGACGGAGGCGGUGAAGACCUGGAUCGGAGCUUGUGCUGUUUGUCAGAGCCGAAUACCCAGCGAAGCGCCCAACCCACCCGUCCGCUUCUGCUUGGCCUACGGCUGCGACGCCUCCAGCUACGUUUACCCUGAGCUCAGCUUCCACAGGUUUCCCAAGGCGGCGGAGCUCCGGCAAAGCUGGCUGACGAUGGCUCAGAGGGACGAAGGCUCACUUCGCACAACCUCCUGCCUCUGCUCCAGACACUUUGAGCCGUCCUGCUUCACACUAAACGAGGAGGGUCAGCUAACUCUGACACCAGACGCCAUACCCACCGCCAUCCCUGCUACAGCUCCGGAGGACCAGGAUUCUGUCCCCUCAGAUGAAGACGUUCUUCAUUCCAACUCUGUGGAAGACCUGGUCUUCACCACAGAGCCCUCUGAGCUGGCCCUGGAUCACUGUGAAACCCCCUUCGAGCUGCAGGAGCACAGGUACUGCCUCCCCGCUCCGGAUCCAGACUCAAGGGAAGUCCACAUAGGGAUGGAGGAAAACAGGAGGAAGACCGUCAUCGAGCCCAGCUUCACGGUCUAUAACCAGAUCGCCAGGUAUCUGAGCCACAGAGUGUUACCGAUGCACAGCAAGAAAAGCAGAGGCGCUUUACGAAGGAUGAGCAGGCGCUUUGGUCUAGUAGAUGGAGUGCUGAUGUACACACGAGUCUCUCCUCCUGUCAGAGUGCCACGCAGCAGAGAGGAGGUAAACUCGAUCCUGCUGCAGUUCCAUGACAACCAGGGUCACUACGGCCAGGGAAUCUGCCAGCGGGAGAUCACAAAGCACUUCUACUGGGCCAGCAUGACCAGAGACCUGGCCCGCUGGAUCUCCAGCUGCCACACCUGCGUCAACAGAACCAAGAGGAAGUGGCUUCGCUGCAGUGUCUACACCUGCACCAACUGCUGCGGGCCGGUGGAGAGAGGCCUGGGCCUCACCUUCCAUAAGUUUCCUCUUCACAACGUGGCCGUGCUGGCUCAGUGGUUAAAGGCUGUCGGUCGUCCACACUGGCAUCCCCGGCUCUGGUCGUCUGUUUGCUCCACCCACUUCACCGAGGACUGCUUUGACCGCAGCGGCAAGAAGGUCACGCUCCAUCCAGACGCCGUGCCCACACUCUUGGUCUACGGCGACUCAGGGACUCCGUCCAGAGGUCCGAGCCACGCGGCUGCUGGGGAGGAGGCCUAUUUUGCCAAGUAUGAUGCCGUGGAGCUCUACCUGAGCAAACGCACCUAUCCUCCUGGAUUGAGCUACGUAGAGAAGAACACCUUCAGGAGGUUCUGCAAGAAGUUUACCAUCAAAGAUGGCGUGCUCCAUGAGGUGAGCGGAGGCCGGGUGCGUUUGGUUCUGAGGAGCAGGCAGCGUGUUGAAGCGGCCCUGCUGGACUAUCACAACGAGCUGAACCACCUCGACAUCAACAAGUGUCUCAGGCUGCUCAACGAAAGGUACUUCUGGAAAACCAUGAGACAUGAUGUGGUGCAGUGGAUCAACAGCUGCUCGCGGUGCAGCCGCCAUAAGAUGAAACCUCACAUCCAGACGGCACCGGGAAGAUCCAAGUCCCAGCUGCAGGCGCCUAGAUCUCCACACAUACCGGAGGACGUAGACAGUGGGCCGGAUGCCGACGAUUACAGCGAUGGUGGUGAUGAUGUAUGUGGUGGGAGUGUUGGGGAUGAAGAGACACAGCCAGCCACCAAUUCAGUGGACAGAGUGGAGAAGCCUUCGGCUGUAACUCCCAUCGGCCCGCGGCCCAGAAUCCCCAUCCUCCUUCAUCUAAGAUCUCCCAUCAACUUCCAGCCCAAAACUCCGAUAAUCCUCCAGCCAAGGACUCCCAACCUCCCCUAUGUGACCAGAAUAUGGUCCCUCAAGACAGCGGCCCUUCCUCAGUCUGAAGUCCAGAAGGAGACAAAGAGCUCUGACACUCAGCCUGCCAACCAAAGCAGCAUCCAGGUUCAGCCGGAGAAGCAGACACAGUCUCAGGACCAGAAGGGAACAUGUGGCCCUCUGGGCAGCACCAGAACGCAUCACUAUGUCAAAGUCCCGGACCUAACCCUACCUCUCCCAGAGUCACAUCCUCCAUCCGAGCUUCCAGCAACACCCAAACUUCCACAAGACACAAGCAAGCAAAGUCAGCCUCUGAAUCAACGCGGGGAACUGGAGACCCAGUCCCAACCCCAGAGCCAUGUUCAGCACCCGGGGAAGAGGAAGAGAGCCCUGGAGACGAAGUGGUCGGCUAAGAGGAGCUCCAGCUGUAGCCUGGAGCCUGUGGUGGCCCCGAGCACCAAACCCUGGCCCGUCUUCACCGUUGCUAGCUCUGCCCCGCCUCAGGCAGCCAAACCCCUCACAGGCCCUGCGCCCGUGCAGAGGCCCAGCAGGCUUCAGGCCCGGACGGUCAUCCAGCAGUGCGUUACGGCCAAAGUUAGGAUCAAACCAGAGCUGGACGGGGCCGACGCUCAGUGGGUGGAGAUCCAGGAGGGAAUGGUUGUGUAUGUGUGCUUCUUCCACGGAGCCACCGAGGAUGUCGCUGAUGAGAUGGCCAACAGUCUGAUGACCACACAAUUUUUCAGAAAUAAAGACACCGGGCGCUCUGUUUCCGUUCUCAACCUCCCCGGGAGCGUUUUGUUUAUCCCGCAGGACUCCCUGCUCGGGGAGCCGGGGCCCAAGAGACGGAUGCGGUACAGAGGGGGGUGUGAGCCGUGGCGGGGCGCCCAGCUCUUCUCCAACCUGGUGUCCGCCUGCAGGGAGCUCAUGUCCGCCUCAGAGAAGUGCAGCAAGGCGGGCGUGAAGGUGGAGCAGGGAGUCUACGGCCAGAAACAAGACAUGGUCCUGAACUGUGUGGAGCCGCUGACGCUGCUGCUGGAGUUCUGAGGUCCGCCGCGACAAAAUCCAGGGAAUAGGUUCAAAGAAGGUCAAGUCUGCAGAACAGCUUCAUUACUUUGAAUAUAAUGCUUUUAUGGGUAACUACCAUUUUUCAACCUGGACCCUAUGUUCCUGUGUUUUUGUGUUCAAGUGACUGAUGGGAACAGCAAUCUCUGACAUUGGUACAGUAUUACAUAUACUAAUAUACACAAAAGUGCUUGUUUUGACACUGACAGACACAGUGUAAUAGUGUCUGAAAUUAUGGAAAAGAUUUCUAAGGAGGUCAACCUUUCUGUUAAUUUUUUUUAACUUAAAAACAUGUUGUUUGCUUAACCCACCAGACUCCAUGUAAAUAAACAGUAAUUUUAGCAUUAUAAAACACCUUUCAUUCAAAGUCAACAUAAACAAAAUAAAACUAUGAAAAGCUGUAAUGGGUUGUCUUUCCACUUUUCCAACCAUCACAAUUCUAGUUUAGUUUGAAAUAAACACAUAGUUUAUCGAUUUACUUGAGAAAAUAUGUUGGCUCUAUACAUGCUAAAAGUAUUGCUUUUUUAAAUGGAGUCCGGUGGGUUUAGCACUAGCGACCGCAGAUCUGUUUCUUGUUAAACAUAAAGUUCUCAAAGAGGUUUUAAAGGUCUAUCUCUGGUCUGUGGCUGCCGGUUCAGACCUUUACACUUGAUACUGGACCAGAUUCAAAGACUGUUGUUCCCAUCAGUCACUUAGACAAAAAAAACAUAAGAAAACAGGGUCCAGGUUGAAGAAAACUGUAGUCACCCUUUAAUAGUGCAAAUAAGGCACACACCAUUUUGGCCCGCAAGUUGGCCUUCCUCGGGUGGAUUUAGGCCAAAACCUUGUGUACCUUAUUUGCACUAUGAAAGAAUUUUUUUAUUAUAUAUAUAUUUUUUGGGACUUUACUUUCACUUUUUCUUCCUGCACCAGCAACUACAUUGAUGUGCACAUCAUCUUUUUCCUUUAGUCCCGGCAAUAAUCCAUGACUCUUGCUUAUUUUAAGCUUCUUUUUCUGUUUUCAAAGAUGAAGGGUUUGACAUAGAGAGAGAUACAUUUCUCCGAAGCUACGUUCACACGUCUCUCAUUCCCCCUGCUCUGGUGUUUCCGAGUCUAUGAACCGAGACUUUUGGAAACUCUUCUGACCCUUUGGGUUAUGAAUCUGCGGGCUUGUGUUUCAGUCUCGACGGCCUCAAACGAAGACCUUUGGCAACACCGACGCCAACGUUUCUCCUCCUGAUUGGGUCGCAUCGGUCACAAAGUCUCGUUCUCUGAGACUAAGCUACUAACGUUACCAUGGCAACUACCAACAACUGGCAGAGUGUACACGCCACCUGUUUAUGUCUACGACAGUGUUGAUGAGAUAUGAGUUUGGGGCGUGUUAGUUGUUCAAAGACAUCUACUGGAGACAAAAACACACUUUGGCUCUAAACCAAACCUUAGCUAAUGUAAAUGUAGUCUGAGUUAUUGGGAACUUUUUGGGGGUUCUGGAACCAGAGGAACCGAUCGAGGAACUAAAAGCUCCCUUUUGUGCGUUCGCAUCCAAAGAAGAUGAAGCAAACACUGAUGAUUCUAAAGGCACAGCGACAUUUCCCACACACUAUACAGACCAUACAGUCUAUGGUCACUCCCAUGGACUGCUAAUAAUAAUAAUAAUAAUAAUAUAAUAAGUCUAUAGUUAUGAGUGACCAGAGGGUGAAAGGUUAUAUGACGACACUAACAUGCGACUAAAGGAAACGACCCAUGUCAAAACAGAUUUCUCUGGGUUUGAAAUUUGGUGGAAACAUUUGGCAUAGUGGAAGAACACAACUCCCCCAAAAAUAUUUUUGAGCCAUUUAAAUGCAGAUCUGUUACUUAUUGUACCUUUUUAUUUUUCUUGUACCUUCAUGCACUGUUGUUUGACGCUGCUGUGUAAAAAGAGCUCUGCAUCUUUUGUUAAUAUUGUUAAUACUGUAUAGUUGACAGAUAAAAACCAAAUCGUGAUGUUAAAUAACUAUUUCUAGUAAAA